UGCUCUAUUGUUUAUAGUUAACAUGGCGGGUAAUGAAAGUGACAGCGAUUUAAAGCCAUCCAGUGUCGCAAUUAUAAGAGAAGUUUACGAUAGUGAAAAUGCACAUAUCAAAUUUGAAAUGGAAUUGGAAAGAGCACUUGAGGCCGGCGUGAGCGUUAUUGUUAUAGAACCAGAGUCUCUUGGAGAAGAGACUGUGAGGUGGAUUUAUGUAGGCAACCUAUUGCAUAAAGUCUCUGUCUAUAGUGGACUGUGUGGGAUUGCUUCUGGUUUAGCCUGGAGUUCCUUAGCGUGUGCGCCCUUUGGUGUAGCAUCCAUACUCUGUGCUGGUUGUUACACUCUCUCAUGGCAAUGGGACCCUUGCUGCAAAUAUCAAGAGGAAAAGGAUCGCCGUCAUCUAUCUACCUUACCUAUAUUAAGUGACCUAACGUCUGCAUCUCCGGUUGUGUUAGUGCGCACUGACAACAAGCGGAAAAUAUACCUGCAUAGCUCAGUUUCUAUAGCGGCAGCUGCAAUAUGCUUAUGGAGACUUUAUGAAACAUUCAAAUAAAUGAAAAGGUUAACAAAAAUUAGUCCUUAUGCCAAUAUAUGCUUAACUAGGUUAAUCUUGUUCUCAAAUAUGAAGUAGGUAGUACUAUUUUUGAAGCUUUCUAGUGAAUAUUGUAUCAAUUAUAUUAAAUAGUAGGAUGCAGAGUGUAAACAUGUUAUAAUUAUAGUUUUAGAUAAAAGAGUCUGUACAAAGGAUAUUUUCAAUAUUUAAAAUAACUAGGAUAAAACAAACAUGGAAUGAAAUCAGUUAAUUGCUGAUGGUAACUAUAGUUGGCAAGGUAAUAACUAAUAACCACUUUUAAUGCAAUAAAAUUUGUUCCAAAAUGUCAUUUAUUUUAUUAUCAACCGAUUAAACAUAAUGGACUAAGAGUCCAGAGCUGCCAGACCUUCCUCGUUUUCUCAAGGAUGAAACUUUGGGAUAAUGUAGAGUUCGUAUCGACGUUUAAUAUCUUCACCUAGUUCGGCCCAUCGGCCGUUUUUUGCUAUAAGGUUAAGGUUACAACAUUUCCAGUGAACCAGAAAAAUAAUGUGUCUGUCUAAUCAAAGAACAGCCAUAUCGAUUAACGGAUUAACUUUAAAAAAUGUUAACGGAAAGUUAAAUUUCUCCGAGUCCGUUAAUCCAGCAGGGCAGGCGCCAUAUGCGCUGCGAAAAACACGUUCUGAACGUUACUAUAAAAACCCAAAGUACGGCAAAUCCUAGGAUUUACCGGUGUCGAUCACUAAAAGCCCGAAAUAUUACCUAAAGAAGUAUUGUUCACGUGGGUUCGCUUUUCCCAACGUUGAUUCGGUGAAUACUUUAAGUUUUACCAUGGCGACUAUUCUAGUGAUGGGGCAGCAAAUUGGAGCAACAUUUACGACCACAUUCACUUCCUUAGAAUCUACCGCCCUAGUCCCAUCAGCAUCACGCUUCCGCCUACUGUGAACUUGCAGCUCUCCUAACACAGCCCUUGGCAGUAGCUCAGGCGAUCACUGCCUUCCAGAUGCAGCCUAGAGUUCAAUAGGCUUGCUGUACUUCGGGCUUUUACAGUAAUAUAAUUCAUUAUAGUGGAUUACUGAUACAACUAAAG